AUGGCGCCCAGCGGGGCUCUGAAUGGCCUGGAGGUGCCCAAAGCCUUGGUGCCCAUGGCCCUUCAGAAGUCACUGGUUGGUGAGCAAUUCACGGGCUAUUUGCACGUGACCAACACCAAUGGCCAGACCGUGCACGAUGUAGGUCUCAAAGUGGAGAUCGACAUAGGUGCUUCCAAAUCUACAUUGCUCAACACAGGAACAUCCCGAGCAAGUCUUCCGCCAGGCGAAUUUGUGGACGCUUUGGUGGAGUAUGCGCUGAAUGAUGCCGGGACGUAUGCCCUUGGGACCGUGCUUGGCAUAUUGAAAACUUUACAGCUGCUUCCUUGA